AUGAACCCCAUGAACAACUUUAAGCUAACCAUCUUGAAGAUCAACCCAUCAAAAAAACCCAAGGUUUUUCAAAGUAUCCAAGAUUUUCCGUUGGAUAACAAAGGAUCCCCAUCGGGUAAUAAUACAGGAUCUCCGCGAAAAGGAGCAUCUUCGAAGGGUAACACAGAGCCUCUGCAAGGUGGCAUAAAGCCUCCGAAGGGAGACAAAACGCUUGCAAAUGACACAAAACUUCCGAAGGGCGAAAAAAAGCCUUCGACGGAUAACACAACGCCUGCGAGGAAUGACACAAAGCCUCCCAAGGUCGACACAAAGCCUCCAAAAGACAACAUC